CACCUGUAUGGCGUUAAGCUGCAAAGCGAAACCCUAGGUGAAAGGGGAUUUUCUCUAUUGCUUCGAUCGAUCGAAUCGGAUUUCGAAAGAAGCUCUGGAAAAAGAUGGAGACUGGAGGCGGUCGAGACGAUGAAUUGUGGUGGUGGGCAGCGAGCUCCGGCCAACUGGCCGUGGGGGUCGUGUUGUACCGGCGGGGUUGCGGCAGGAGCGGAGCGGCGAUGCCCUUCAAAGCUUUUGCUAUCUCCACGCUAUUCGUCGGAGCCGGAGCCGCCGCAUUCGCAGGAGCUCUUCACGCCUCCGGCAUCCAUACGGUGGAUGAUAUGAAGCAAACGGGAAAGUGUAUUCGGAGAUGGAUUAAGGUACCGCCAAGAGAGACAAAUUAACAGAAAGAUUGCGUGUUGGGAUAUCCAAAAACUGCAAAAACAGCAAACUUGUAUCUCAGUACAUGGGAUCUGAGAAAUCAUCGACAACAACAUAAGUUUUUAUCCCACCAUGUAGACUCGGCUACAUGAAUCUUUUUUCUCCAUUCUAUUCUUUUAAGAGUUAAAUUUUUUUUUAA